ACCUUAAGGAACUCUUUUAUACAAUGGCUGCGUUAACUGUGUUGAUUUUUGCAACCAUAAUGGUAGUUCAUGUUUGCUGCUUGCCAUGUCUAUCAGACAAAUCUAAGAAGAUAUUUGAGAAAACCAAAAAGACAUUGGAUGGUUUAGAGAAGGAACUAGAGAAGAAAGAAUGGAAAACGUACAAAGAUCAUUGUUAUUAUCUUGGAGGAGAUGCUGAAACUUGGUUCACCGCAGAGAAAAAAUGUCGUCAAAUAGGUGGAUAUCUUGUCAAAAUUGACGAUUCAUCAGAAAAUGUAUGGUUAAAAACACAGUUUAGUAAGGGAGCCAAUUACUGGAUUGGUCUGACUGAUCUUCAGGAGGGACAGUUUAGAUGGUCUUAUGAUCAGGAAAAGGCAAAAUUUACAUCAUGGAACAGCGGAGAACCUGGUAACCAUGGUGGUAAUGAGGAUUGUGCAGGUCAUCACGGUCACACAGAUACUUGGUUUGACGCACCAUGUCAUAGCAAAUACAACUGGAUAUGUGAAAGAAACUUCUGCAACUAGAUCAAAGACUAAACGCAUAUGAGGUUGAUUGAAAAAGAUAUUAAAACUUGAAUAAAAUGCAA